GGUUUAUUUAACUAUCAAGGUUUUACAUUCAACUAAGAAACGUAAUGCAGGAGUUUUUGUCCACGCUGAACGCGACGUAUUUUUUUUUAUUGUUGUGCGUUUUAGGCUUUAGGUGUUAGGGCUUAUUAUUAUUAAUAUAUUAAUUGACUAAAUCACCUCGAUGUUCAAAAGAAAAUUACUUGCCCUCGAUUUUCCCGAUGCAGACAUUGUAGACAUAAAAGGUUUGUUGUUGUUCUUUUUCGGGAGUGGACCAUCAUGACCACUUUAUUUAAUUUAUUUUAAUUUUUUAAUCAUCAGAUUCGUGGUGCUAGUUAUGUCUGUGGGCGUGGGUGCGCAGAUGGCUAAUGAGGUAGAUUCUGGCACGGAAUUUUCUUGUGCAGUAGGUGCAGGGGAAUGAUGGGGCAUCUCCAGGAGCAGAGUCAGACUGGGCCUUCCUCUGGCCGCAGCCAACUUCAUGUUGCAUGGAGUUGGAGCUCCUGUGUAAAGUGGAAAACCAUGAUGUUCGAUCCUUCGCUUUUCCCUCCCCCGUGUCUGGGUUUAUGUUGAUGUCUGGGUUUAUGUCGAACGUUUUCAGUGAGGCUUUUAGAUUGUCUUUAAAACGUUUCUGCCCGCCAGCAGAGCGCUUUGCUUGUUCAAGCUCACCUUAGAAAAUUCUUUUGGGCAGAUGGUCGUCUGACAUUCGUCUGACAUUCUCACAACAUGUCCCGCCCAGCGAAGCUGGGACUUCAUUAAGAAAUAAAUGAAAGGACUGCUUUCAAGCUUAGUAAAUGAAUGAAAUAGUGAAACGAGGUAUGUGGAAGCUUGAAAUAAGAUAACAGGACUUCAUUAGUAUUUUAAAGAUGCUGGGGAGACCUGCCUUUGUGAGCACCUCAGUGUCUGGGCUUCUGUCCUGCCAUUUAAUGUUGAGUAUUUUUCUGAGUCUUGUUGGAUGGAAGUGGUUCAGCAAUUUUGCAUGGCGUUGGUAUACCGUCCAUGUUUCACAGGCAGGCAUAGAGUAGCUUAGGGAGAACAGCCGCCUGAUGUUAAGUUUGUAACAUUGUCUUGUAAAUAUAUAAAUUAUUAAGUAUACUAUAAUCAUGAUUGAAUAAUAUAUUAGUAACAAGUAUAAUUUAUUAUAAUAAUAUUAUUAAUUACCGGUAUAGUGACAAAUUACUUACAGUUACAGUAUAGUUAGUGAGUUACAGUUCAGUAUAGUAUGGUAAAUACAAAUAGUCUCAAUAUUGAAUUAAGUUUAAGUUAAGUAUAAUUUUGUACGCCACUGCCUAGACAUAGACUAAAUGCCUCCUAAUGGGCUAUUAAUAGUAAUUUAAUCCAUCCAUCCCUGUUGUACUACAGGCCAAUUCAGCCUGCCUCACCACUUCCUUCCACUCGUAUUCAGUUGACUCAGCAGCAGACCUAACUUAUGCUUUUCUUUCCCAUGCAGUGUAGAAUUUUUUCCACAUCAUCUAAUCAAGUCUAAGCCUAGAUCUGCCUUUGAUGUUGAGCCACUUUCCUAUGGGAUUUUGGUGAUGCACCCUGUACACUCUUCUGUCAUUUGGCAUUCGUUCUUAGCGUCCUGCCCAAUGCAGCCUGCCUUUUUUUUUCGCUGCUAGUCCAUACAAUUCGUGAUCCCAGUUUAUCAUAUAUUAUGAUAUGAUGAAUUCAAUUUAAUUUAGGCCUAUAUAACUGUUUAUUUCAAUUAUAAAUUAAUUUAUUGAAUAUGAGGAGUCAAUUUUCAAAACGCUGUAUCUGCCAUUUUAGAAAAAAAUUAGAUAACUGUAUAUUCUUGUAGAGCAAACCAGGCUCAUUUAGGACAUGUUAAAGUUUAUCUACAUAACACAUUUUAAUUCUAUAUUAUUCUAUAUCUAAAAAUGAUUUUAUUUUCAAAACGCGGUAUGAAUUUUUUUUUUUAUUAUCAAAAUGUUGUAUAUAUUUUCGGACCAAUCCGUGUGAUUGGCAAGCUAUUCUGUGGCAUUCUGCGCAUGCGCACUAACAUAUCAACGCGAAACAACAACAAACACGGUGCAUAACGGCUGCCUGAAUGAAAGAGUUGUUUGUACUAUAAAAUCUCGAAAAAGAACGACAAAAAGCUCAACAAGAGAAAAACAAAAAUCAUUUCUUCAUUCAAGCGGAGGAAAGAUCCCCUCGGUUACGUGUAAUCACAAUAAAUGGUUCUGCAAGGUGAGUUACCGGUAACUUUAUUUAAAAAACACUAAAUUUCAUUUCACAUUAUUAUUAUUAUGGUUAUGGUUACUACACAUCAGAAGUGUUAAGGAAAUGAAAGUAAAAAGUUGCUUUACAGAGUUUGCUGUGUUAUUUAUUACACAUUCAAUCAUUUCACAUGCAGAUCCAGCCAUUACAAAAGAAAGGGGGCCCAAGGACAGACAUAUUUGCACUCUGAUUUGAAUGCAAAUAAGAAGCAUCAACUUUUCCUGGAACAAAACCAAACUGCUAUUGAAGGUGAUGCACACUCUGAAUCAGACACUUCAUUAUUUUCUAUUGUGUUGUUGUUCUAAAUUCAAAUAAAAUGAUUUUUGAAUUGACCAUUAUCUUGUUUUCUUUUGUUUAGAAUGCAGAUUUAUAAAAACAAAUUAUGCGAACUUAUAGCACUCUAAACAUUACACUAUUACAAGCGACUUCCCUGCAUUUAUAGUACUGUUCUGUUAAAAUAUAUCAAUAAAAAACAUUAAUCAUACACAAUUAUAUAAUGUAUAUGAUACAAUUUUAUUUUAUGUUGUUAUGUAAGUGGUUUGAACAACUUGAAUUAUUUGCUACUGGGAAUAAUGUUAUGCUAUCAAAAUGGAUAUACAGCAUUUUGUCGCUUAUUUACAGCUGGAUACACAUUAUUUUGAAACGAAAUAAGAAAUUCAACCAAGUAAAUAAAUAAAUUUUAAUUAACCUACAUUUCAAUUUUCAUCAUAAUAUAACUUAUAUUUUGAAUAUAUACCUAAAUUAACAUUUAUUUUUCUUAAAAUUUGAGCCAUCAUUGUGUAGCAGAAAAAGUCUAUUAUCUCAAAACGCCAAAAAUGGAGAUACAGCAUUUUGAAAAUAGACUCUUCAUAUGAAAUAAAAGGUUAAUUUAAUUAAAUAAAUUGGAACUUCUCAUAACGAGCAACUCUCAUAACAAGUAAUUUGCAUAACGAGCAAAAAAAAAAUGUGAAGAAGUUGCUCCCUUAACGAGCGACAUUUUGCAUAACGAGUUACGCAGAAGGGGGAAAUCCCUUUUUCCCAACAUUCAUUUGUGAGCCGGGACUUUGAAUUUGAUUUUGAAACAGAACCUGUGGAGUCUACAGUUAACGUGAUUGUGUCAUUGGCCAAUAUCAUUGGACUCGAGGUACUCCUUAAAAAUUCAUAAGUAAUUUUAUUUGAAUAAAUCUUAAUAAAAAAUUUUGAAAAAUAAGUAUUUUUUUAGCAUGGAACGCAUUAUCGUAUUUUACAUUGAUUUGUAUGGGAAAAAUUGUUUUGUUUAACGAGUGUUUCGCUUAAUGAGUAGGAUUCAGGAACGACUUAUGCUCGUUAUGAGAGGUUCCACUGUAAUCGUUUAUCUAAAGUCUAAAUUAAAUACUUAAUUAAUUUAAUUAGGCAUGCGUAAAAUACUAACAAAGUAUACUAAAGCUCUAUUAUUACUAUUAUUAGCCUAAUUAGUAGGCCUAUCACUAGCUGAGUAUCCUAUGACUAUGAGGCAUCAUUAUCAGCCUAUCAUGUUAUGUUUACUAUGAAUACAGACCUGUUUACUCUCACGAUUUUGGCGUACAAUGUACGAUUUUCAGGUGUAUACAUUAUAUAUACUGCAUGUUUUUUUUUUUACUACUAAGAUAAUGUAUUGAAAGAUUUUGUGAUGAUUUUGUACGAUUUUAAGAGUUUGAGGGUAAACAGGUCUGUGAAUAACUAAAACUAUAAGUAGGCCUAAUAAGCCCAGCGAGUAAAAGCCUAGGAGCACUGCAGCAUAAGGAUUGGUUCAGUAGAUACAAAUUUCUAAUUGAAUGAACUAAGAUAGCCGUUCCCUUCAAUUGAUAGACUAAAUGAUUUAAUUAUAAUUUAGUAAAUUUAGGUCUUUUUUUUUCAAUUAGCAUAAUUUAUGAUAUAUUAAUUUUUUUAUUAAAAACUCACAUUUUUCAUCACAGGCUGCAUUGAAAAUUGCACAAUUUUUUGGCUAGUAUAUUUUUUUGUCUAAAACUAUCAUAAUUGACUAACAAGAGGACACUUAAGGCUACUGACAAUUGUAUAGGCCUAUUCACCUUGGUGAAUGUGUUGAACAUUUUAAUGUAAUAUGAUGUAAUUAUGGUAAAUGUAUAACUAAAGUUUAAAAAGCUGUGCCCGGCUAUCAAAGUCAUUCAGUAAUUUAUUAUCUCUCUUAAAUGGAAUCAUUAAUUUUUUUUCAGAUGAUCAGAAGUUCCGUUCUCUAGUCGUGUGGCUGGAGGAUCAGAAAAUCAGACAUCUGAAAAUUGAAGACAGAGACCCACUGAGGAAUUUACAGGGUGAAGAAUGGCUAAAAGUCUUACAAACAGUAAGUCUCUUGUUUUGUUGUUUGUUUCUUAUGGCAGUGGAAAUCUUAGAUAAUUAGCCUUCAAUAAAAUAUAAUUUUUUUUUUAGUCAUUAAGCAGUGCUUUAUGAAAACAGAAAAGCUUUUUUUAAUAAUGAAGGACUGCGUUCAAGCUAAGUGAAGGAAAUGGUUAAACAAGCUAUGUGGAAGCUUGAAAUAUAAAGACAGGACAAUAAAAGAAGACCCUUCCUCAGGAAAAAGGAAGAAAGUAGAAAUAGAAAGUAGUUCAAAAAUGUAACUGUUUGCCAUAAAUGUACUUCCGCCAAUAGUAUUAACGGUGCACACUUAAGUUUUUGUUGUUUCUUCACCUGUCCUGUCUUAGCCUAAAUGUUCUUCUUUUAUUGCCCUGUCUUUAUAUUUCAAGCUUCCUCAUACCUAGUAUUCUUUAGCUACUUUUUUAUUAUUAAAACAUUUUAUUGUAAUGGUAAAUUGUAAGCGAGCUCUUCUCUUAAUUAAGCAAAUGUCAGGGUAAGUUUAAAACCUUCUGUUUCAGUAUCUGAUUGGACUGAACUGUCCUUACAACUCAACUGAGAGGCAAGCUGUAACAGACUGGCUUCUAGGAUAUGCUGUUAGACUGGAGUAUGGAGAUGGAGGUCAUCAACUUUUAUUAUACAUGGGAUUCUUAACCCUUUUGUACCUAAUUUAGACUUAAUUUAUCAGCCCCUGAAUAUAUUACAUUUUUGUUGUGAGUACAGUAACAAUAUACUAAUUGAUUUUUUAAGGGAUUCCCUGAAAUAUAUAUGGAUCCCCCAAAGGAUCAAUGGAUUCCAAGUUAUGAUCUCUUUGUAAAAUAUUAAAUAUUUUUUUCCCUAAUAGCAACAAUACUGUUCCACCCCUUGGUAGCUUGUGACCCAUCUUCCCACACUACAUGUAAAAAAUGAUCAAUCAGUCAUAUAUUUAUUUAAAUGGUGUAUUAGGAACCACAUUUUUGGGGUUUGAAUUUUACCCCCAAAAAAGUUUGCUGUAAAAUGUUUUUAUUUGAUGAAAACUUUUAAAUCAUUCCUAAUUAUGUUUUUAUUCUUUCUUCAGUUGACAAAUAUAAAAAUGUUACCCCGGAGAAAUUCCAAGAGCUUAAAACCAAGCAAGCCGGAGCUUCCAGUAAUCCGCUAGACAACCUUGACUGUGAGUUUGAUUAAAAAUGAGCCUUGAAGUUUAUAUUUAUUUACUUUUAUGGCUUAACAUUUGUAUACUUGAGUUUUUUAUAUAACUUCAUUUGUCUAAAAAAAAAAAAGGACAUUGGCUGAUGAUACAUAUAACAUAAGCAGGCUUGUCCCUGAGCCAAAUGUUUUUUCUGUUCUCAUAUUAUUUACAAAGACUUAUAUAUCAGAGAGAGACACUUCAUCUUUCAGUUAACAGUCCUGAGUUCAGAGCUGGCAUCACAUCAUUGGCAAUGAUGCUCCAGAUACCCCCAUACCAAGAUCACUUAGAGGUGUUGAAGGUGAUUACAGAGAUUGACAUGGGAAAUUCACACUACUGUGGAUUAGAUUUGGUCUAUGCUGUUGUUGUUUUUUUAACUCAUUCCUGACGGCAGUGCCACUUCCAUACUUAAUUUAUUGGCUCAGAAAAGGAAGUCACUACAUUUUGCAAUUGAUUUACAUUUUAAAAAUAUUUCUAAAGCUGCUAAAUAUUAAUUAAUCUUAAUGAAUUACGGAUAAAUGCAUCCACAAAUGAAUAUGAAUAAGGUUUAAUUAAAAAAUAACAUUAACUGCGAAAAAUAAUUAACAAUGUCCAAAAUAAUCUACUUUUGGCACCUCGGAUGAACACAUGCUAGAUAUAGACACAACAUACUAAAGCACAUCUAUUGAAAGUGAAACAAGGUAAAAACUUGUGGUUUUGAAAUUGAAAUCACAAAGAAUCAUGUCAUCGCCAGAAGUCUUUGAGGGAUGCUAGAGUUCAUUGCUAUUUUUAAAUAAAAAUUAGAGAGGUAUGUCGCUAUCCCGGGGCGCAUCCAUCGGAACCCCUACCAAUGAACACAUUUAUUUGCAACCGUCGGGAUUGAGUUAAAUGGAAUUUUUUUAAAUGUCUGAAAUUUUUUUAUGAUUAAAUAGUUUAUAAUUGAUGAAUUAUUCAAAGAAUUUUUUUUUAUUGGGUUCAAUUCUUACGUGAUAGCAAUAUACACUUUUUUUGGAUUUGAAACAAUUAUGAUUAAGUUAUUCUUAUUUGUUUGGGACUGCAAUGGUAUUUUAUAUAGAAAAUAACUUGAAUGAUUGUCAUUAAACACAUUUUAAAAAUUAAAAUAAUAAAUUCUUUUAAGUUAAGAUAACUAAUAUUUCCUGGAAAGAAAUGUUCUUAGACAGUUUUGAUAUUUGUAGAAAUCAUUAUAUCCUUCUUAGUGCUGAAAUUUUUCCUGAAAUUUGAUGUAUUUGAAAAAAGAUUUAAUAAACAGGCAUGCAAUUUUUUUACAAAUUAAAAUUCCUUUUACGGGUAAUAGGAAAUUUAAAUCAAUAUUUUCUUUAUUCUUUUUUUUUGGUAUAAAAUUUGGGAAUAAUUUUUAGUGUAUCUAUAUUUCAGGCCAUCUGUACAGUCAUAGAAGAAAGAUUUUCUCUGGAAUCAAUGGCGGCUGCAAAAAAGUCUACUGAACAAUUAAAUAAAGAAAAAGUAAGUCUCUUUACAGCUGCAGACUGCUGUAGAGAAUCCCACUAUGAAGACUUGGAGUCUCAUAACAUCGUCUACUUUAUUAAGACAUUUUGGUGUUUGGCACAAAACAGUUUCUUGUUUAAUUUGACUAUUGCUGCCUCGAAUCAGGUGCUGGUGUGCACACCAAGUCAUUGAGUAAACUUUUAGAGGUGUAACAUGGACAAAAGUUGUCAUUAGCUUUAAAAAAUAUCAAACAAAAUUUUAAUGCUUACUUGUGUUAUUCUGUAUUUAUGUCGGCCAAAAGCUUCUGAUACACCUUUAUCCGAUACACCUUUCUCUGAUACACCUUUGUGAAGUAUUUGGAAAACAAAAUAAGUUAUCUAGGGACACAUAUUAACACUAUUCAUAUUCCAUAAUUUUGAAAGCCUGACUUAUUUUUUUUCAUUGGGGCAAGUAGAUUGCAUUUGCUGUUUAUAAUUACUGUAUAAAGCCAACUAUCAGAAGCCUUGUUUUAUUUCCAAGAGGUAUACAAAUCUGAGUCGACUGUGACUUACGUGUUUGUGAUGCUACGGUGCCCUACUCUGGUCACAAGUAUAAAUGUUACAAACAAAAUUACUAGACUUUCCCAGCAAAUUAAUCAAUAUCCUAUCAUAACCUAUGGUAUGUAGAAUUUUUUGAAAAUAGUUUUUGAAAUUCUCACCAAGUACAACCUAUUUGUAAGACAGGAUAAUAUAAGUAGAUAGGCACUCCCAACUCUUUCUUAAAGAGAAAACUAAUUGUUUUUCUUUUCUUUAGUGAGCCAGCUCUCUCUGUUACCCUAAAACUUUCUCUCUUUUAUUUUCAGGAUGAAUUCAUUCCCCUAGAUAAAACUGAGCUUGGCUUUGACGCCGGUGGUUAGUAUUCAAUGCACUAUCUCACUUUAACAUUUAAUUAUUCUUACAAUUUUCAAGAUGACCAGCUGUUAAUAAACUCUAGAUACCAUUAGUAUGAGUAGAAGAGCAUAUCAGAAAACAGCUUGUGUGAAAUGGACACACUGGCCCAGUGAAUAGGAUACUACAUUGACUGGUGUACUUUUGGCUUAGAGCACACAGGAUAUAAUUUGUAAUGAAGAGCAAAUCGAUUUACAGAUUUGGUACUUAACCCUAUAACUGUCAUAACGGUCGAUCGUCAGCCGUUAGCAAAAUCAUCAUUAAAAAUGUGUAUUGAUUUAAUGUAUAUUGUUUAAAGGGAAUUCACUCUAUAAAUAAGUGAGUUUGGAUCCUAUUUCUGAUACUAUUAGUAUUAGUGUGUUUACAUGCAAAAUUUUCUCAGAUUUUUUCACCACCAUGUUGUCUGAUGCCGGAGAGGGCCCCCCUUUGGGAUUUCAAAAUUAACACUACACAGAAUUCUUUAUUGGAAUUAUUUAAAAUAUAUUAAAAUGAAAGCAAAGAUAUCAGAGUAAUGACAGCAUAGGCUCUAGCAGUGAUGUCGAGAUAUGAGUAUUAUGAGUCAGAUAUUGACAAUUUUAUCCCUAAGCUUAGUCAUAUUGUUACCGACUAAUUCGUUUGGGAAAGGGUGGAAAUUGAACAGAAAAAGACACAGAUAUGAACCCAAAGAUAUCUAUGUUUUUAUAUGUUCUGGAAUGUUUAUUAAUACAAAAAAUGGAUUUAAUAACUUAAAAUGGAAAGGAAUUUUUGAAACCAUUUUGUGCCUUCCCUCUUAUAUUUUGUAUGACAAAAAUUUGAAGGCAGUGAAUGAAAAAAUUCACCAAUAUCCCAAUUUUCCAUAUAAGUAAACAUAAAUUGUCAUUUUCUGAAAUAACAUUGCUUCCAGCAUAUCAAAAACUUUGAUUUUAUUAUAAGUCUGAACAAUUUAUGGAGUAUUUAGCCUAUGUUGAAUUCAGGAUUUGAGUAGUAAAAUUUUACUCACUCUGUAGAGGUCAAAGUCAAUAUCAACAUACAUAUUAAUAUAUAAACAAAUUCUUUUCAUAUGAUAAUAUAUCUUGUUAAAUGUACUAUCAGAAAAUGUCUCCUUGUAAGGUUCUCUGAAUUCAUUUAGUCCGGGAGUUUUGUUGUUUUCGACAAGCAUAUAAAAUUGCUAAAAAUGGCUUGACCGCUAUAGAAAAAUUAUUCUUGGCAGUUAUAGUUAAGCUCCUUCAUACAGCAUAAACCAAAUUGACAAUAUGACAGAGCUGCUGCUUCGUUUCCAGCUUGGUUAUACUCCGUGCCGUCAGCCUAUUCCCUUCUUUCUGCUCCUCUCUUCUGCUUGCUUGUAAGAGACAUGCACCUUUUUCUCUGCUCUGCUUUUUAUUCAGUAUUCAGGCUCUCUUGUGCCAAUAUGAUUUUGUUUCAUCAAUGCAGGCGUGUUGGACGUAUUUUGCCUUUUAAAUCUCAUUCUUCUGUUCAAUUAAAAAAAAUUGAAUGUGUCUUUGAUGCAUCGUCUGGGAAGGGAUUUACUAACUUUCAGUAAAAAAAAAUAAAAAUGCCAUCAUUUAUUUUAAAAUGUGUGUAGUUAAGAAUAAUUUGAGAAGUGGGGGUCGGGGCCUGGUAUAUGUGUGUAGCUAAGAAUAAUUUGAGAAGUGGGGGUCGGGGCCUGGUAUAUGUGUGUAGCUAAGAAUAAUUUGAGAAGUGGGGGUCGGGGCCUGGUAUAUGUGUGUAGUUAAGAAUAAUUUGAGAAGUGGGGGUCGGGGCCUGGUAUACUGGACAACUCAUCUCUCACCUCCGUUUUAACCCUGAAAUAUUUUAAAAUACAGUUUUGCUUUAUUACUUUUGCACAGACAUCAUAAUGACAGAAACUGCCAAGAUACUGCGCCUCCUACAUUUACACGAUCUACGGGACCUGCAGACCAAGAUCAACACCGCCAUUGUUAAAGUUCAAGAGAUCACGGCUAACCCCAAGACUGACAGCAGGCUUGGAAAAGUGGGACGUUAGCUCUGGGCACCCGUGGUUCCAAUCGAUGCACGUCUCUUGAUUCCUAUGAGAAUCGUUCUUCCAAUAUUAGGAUAUAACUAGCAAUGCAUUUACAAAUACAAUAUGUACGGUUAUUACGUAUAUGUACGGUUUGUUGAUAUGGCUCCUAAACUUUCAUGAUGUGCCCAUGCCUUAUUUAGACUUAGGUAAGCCCUAUUAAAAGCUUUAAUGUCCCUUAGAAGUUAUCACAUAACUUGAGCAAGUAGACUGGUGUGCCUAUUAUUUAUUUAACAGCCAAAUAUUUAGUGUUAAAAUUUAAAUGUACUCACAUUUGAUAUCCUUUUAGUCAUUUAGUUGUGCACAUCUGCACCCUAAAAAUAACCAGCCCCACUUCCGUUCAAUGGUGACAGGUUUAAUGUAUCAUGUAUGUACUAGUGAUGUUUUAGACCAGUGUUUCCCAACCUUUUUUGGGCCAUGCCCCACCUAAGCCUUUCUAAAUUCUUAUGCCCCCUACCCUCCGUGUGUCAUAUACAUUAUUUAUAAUAUUUAAAAAUUGGAUUAUCCACGAAGAAACUCAAGCGGUGUGUUUUGUAAUGUCUUAAAAAUAUUACGAAUAUUUUCUAAAAACCAACAAACAAAAUAAAUUUUAAAAAAGCCACACAAGUCAGGAUGCUGAUUCAGUCUUUUAAUUGUUCUUAUAAUCACAUAUGUGCACAUCUACACAGGUCUGUUUGAACCCCAUCAACAAAAUAGUUGGGUGAUAGACAUGUAGUACUUGUCAAGUGGAAAUGAAUGGUUCUCAAAUUUGAGAAAUUUAAAAAAAAAAUGCACCCAUCUCAUGUUAAAAAUGACCCUAUCUACACAAGUGAUGCAAAGUUAGCACAGUUUUCAAUCCUCAAACAUUAAUUAAAAAAAAAAUUACCUAUGUCAAAGAUGGGAGAUACUUUUCCAUCUAUGAUUAUUUUAUUGCAUAAAAUGAUUAUUUUUGUUGUAAUCUUUGAUGUUUGUGUUAUUUAUUUCAUGGUUAACAAAAAUAAAAAUUCUAUUCUAGUAAAUUUGAUAUUGUAUUUUAAUUAGAGAGAAUUUAUUUUAAAAAAAUAAUGCUCAAAGUUUUGUCAAGGAAGUGGAGCCCGCCCAGGGGACACUUACUCUUGCCAUGCCACUGGCAGCAACUUAACAUUACAAAACAUCUACAUCUUUUGUAUUUAGAGUCAAGUUGUUUUUAGCUUUAAAUUAUUACUUUAAUUAUUUAUUAUCUUUUUGAUAGGGACAGUCACAUGGAGAGAAAAAAUAUUUAUGUGAAAAAACGCGUAAUGGUAUCAACAACAUUUAAAAAUGAAGCAACAAGAAAAUAUGAUUUGUGACAUAUUUACUUAGUGACAAAGCCAAACUCAGUCUGAAGCAGUGGUCCUAAACGUGUAGCCCAACGACCCAAUGGAGGUUUGUAAAGUGUGACAGGGGUCAGCUAUAUCUACGUUGUAAUUGCGUAAGAUGCAUUUAAAAACUUUAUUCACGGAAGCGGGUUCCUGGCCGUUAUCUGACUGGAUAAGGGGUUCUGGGAACAAAACAUUACAA